AUGGAAGAUGUUAGAAAUGUAGCAAAUAGAAAAAUUGAUAUGACAGAUAUUUAUAAAUACUCUUUAUAAUUUCCAACAAAAAAUAUGUUUUUUAGAAAUUUAAUCCCUAAAUAUACUUACAAAACUUUAUCUGCAGAAAGUUAUUUAUUCAACCAAAGAGAUUCCAAUUUAUAAAAAAAAUCGCGAACAGCCGUUCUAAAACCCCUUCACGGUUGCAACCACACCGAAGGUUCAUCCGACGAAGUUCAUUUAUUAGGCGUUCCAUUAACAAAACAUCAAACCAAUCCGACAUAAUAUGAUUCGAUAUCUCCUUUAUUAGAAAUAAACCAGCCAGAUUUGAUUUUUGUAUAAAUGGACCCAGCCCCCUAUGUAGCCCGUUAGCGUUUUCUAGCCCAUAAAUGUGCCUUGAAAGAAGUUGAAGAUUAUGAGUAAAACGCUGUGCAUAUAAUAGAUCCUACUAAGCCAUUAGAUUGGGAAGAAUGCGUGAUUAAUUUGACUAUUUUAGAUAUGUUAUAAAGGAAUUAAGCACAUACAGAGUUUAAAUAUAUAGAUACAUUUAAUACUUUUUCAUAUCCUUAUUUAUAAGAAGACGCCUAAAAAAGCCAUAAAAAAUUAUCCAAACCUUUUAUAAAUGCAAUAAACGAGCAUAUUAUAUAUAAAAAUUACUCCCAAUACCCUGAUAUUAAUAAGACUUUAUUUACUGGAUUAAUGGGAAAAUAAAAAGUGCUUCUAGGUGAUAUGCCAGAAUAGUUAUUGAGAUUGAUUCUAGGAAACACAGUGGAUAUUUAAGAAAUGAGAGAUUUAUUUAAGUUUUUGCUUUUAAAAAUGAAGGAACUUAAAUAGCCAAUUUCUAUGAGAGAUGCAGCUUAUAAUUUUUUACCUCAUGUAUUUAAUUUACCAAGAGACUUAUAUAUGACCGCGAUUUUAAAAGAAGCUUUUUAAGCUUGUUAGUAGAUUGUAGCUGUUGUAGGGAUACAUCAUAUGAAUCCUAUGAUAUAGUAUUGGGAAGGGGCUCCCUCGGGAAUUAAUUUUAGCGAAGCUACAAGAAUUCCAGAAAGGAUAAGGGGAGAAACCGAUGAAGUUUUGAUUGAAAAUAGGCUAUUAUGGAUGUUAUUUUAAGCACAAGAGUCUGGGGCGAAAAAUACAUUGCUAAUCCAUUUCUUUAUAUAGAGGAGGAUAUUACAAAAAUUAAAGAAGCGGAAUUUUAGACGAUGA